GGCUCUAUAGUGCUGUAUUCACCUCUCACCAAAUUUACAGUGCUUGUCCUCUGCGUUUAUGCUACUAGUAUGCAUCUUACGCAGUGUCAAAUGUUGUCUUACUGCGUCAAGCCUCGGCCUCACCCUGCCAAGUUCGAUCCACUCUCUAUACCCUGCACCACCAUGUCAAGCCCCAACCAUGGCAUGCCAGAAGCCUCCCUCGUUUAGGCUGCGUCAAGCACCACUCACACCACGGCAAGUUCUCCCAAAUAUCUUCGCAAUCUCUGUACUAAUAUCAACAUCCACACUCUAUGCCGCGUCAAGGCCUACUACAGUGCCGCGUCAACCAUAGCACAUACCGCGUCAGUUGCCGCGUCACAUGCGCGUCAGUGCCGCGUCAAACCUCCUCCAUGCCGCGUCAGUGCCGCGUCAAACUUCAUUCAUGCC